GCGAGUUUUCAGUGCUAAAUAGCUUUUGGACUCACAGGCUAUGUUUAUCUCCGGUUACUUUUAGUGAAAAAAAAAUGGGACUUAACAUAAAGGAUUUAGUUGAAAAUUUAAAAAUAUCUUUUACGACCACUAAUAAUAUUGAGAGAAAAGCAGCUGAAAACUAUAUUUUGUCUCUGGAAAAGGAAAAAAACUAUGCGCUUUGUUUGCUAAACAUAGUUACCUUGAAGGACAUUCCUCCCGCUGUGUGUGUGGCAGCUGCAGCUCGAUUUAAGAAUUUUCUAAAAAGUUAUUGGCAUGAGAUUUCUGAUGAAAACGCUAGAAUACUGCCUGAUGAAAGAAAUUUAAUUAAGUCCAAUAUUGUCGAACUCAUGCUUUUUUCCUCGAAACCUGAUGUUCAACGGUUUUUAAGUGAAUCAGUCGUUAUUAUCUGUCAUUACGACGACUUGGAACGCGACUGGCCCAACCUACUUUCUUUUUUGUCUGAAAAACUUUCUUCACCUGAUCUUGGGAUUGUUUCCGGUGUCCUCCUCACGGCCAGCUCCUUGUUUAAAAAAUAUUCCACUGAAUUUCGAUCUGAUGAGCUCUGGCGACAAAUUGCUUAUGCCUUAAAAAUCUUUGCCGAGUCCUUCACGAAAUCCGCUAAUAACUUAGUCACGAAGCUGCUAACUUUGCAUGAACCAAAGGAAAUUCUUAUGGUACUGGGCUUAUGCGAAGAAAUACUGAAAAUCUUCUAUUAUUUAAACUUUCAGGAUCUUCCCGAAUACUUUGAGGACAACAUGCCGCUGUGGAUGCACAUACACCAAACUUUGUUGGACUACCACAACAGUUCUGUGGUUUCUCAAGACGUUCCUGGACCCCUUGAGGGUGUAAAAAGCCAAGCUUGUGAAAAUAUAUCGUUGUACGCCUCAAAAUAUGAUGACGCGGAUUCCCCUUUUGGGAAGUACAUACCGUUAUUUGCGGAGAAAAUUUGGGGCUUAUUAACGAGCGUGGGGCCUGACGCCAGUUAUGAUAGCCUGGUUUGUAGCGCGCUCAGCCUUCUCUCGUUGAUUGUCUCGCGCCCUCGCUAUGCGCCCUCUUUCGAUAACCCAGAAGUUUUAAUGACUCUUUGCGAAAAAGUUGUCAUCCCUAAUAUGAGACUCAGAGAAAGCGAUAUUGUGGCGUUUGACAUUGAUUGUGAAGAAUACAUUAAGUGCGAUAUUGAAGGCUCCGAUAUUGGCACCCGGCGAAGAGCUACCUGUGAUUUGGUGCAAACUUUACGUGUACGCUUUCCUGAGCGCGUGACAGAACUGUUUUAUAAAUAUGUCAUGCAUAUGCUGGAUAUUUACAGGCAACAUCCUAAGGAUUGGCUUGCGAAAGACACUGCUAUACACUUAGUGAUUUCCCUCGCCGUCGUCGGCUUUGUGGAGCGUUUUGGAACCACCAAAACUAAUAUGUUUAUUGAUAUUACAUCUUUUUAUACCACCCACAUUCUGCCCGAACUUCAGAAUGACAAUCAGACAAAUGCUUUGCUUCUAGCUGACUGCGUGAAGUUCAUCAUCACGUUUCGUAAUCAGAUCCCCAAGCAGUUUUUGUUGGAUAUUCUUCCUUUGCUACAGCGACGCCUACUCUCCCCUUCCUAUGUCUUGAAUUCUUAUUGCUCUAUUUGCAUCGAACGUAUAUUGUUCCCCCGACUCGUUUCUUCAACGGAUGGAAGAGGAUUCGAAAAUGUUACGAAGGGUGAUAUCCGGACUUUAACUCCGGGGCUGCUGACCUCCCUUUUCUCGCUGUUAGACACUGACGAGUCUAAGGAAAACCAGUAUGCCAUGAAAGCGGUAAUGCGAGUGAUCUCAGUCUCACAGAGCGAAGCAGCUUCCUUUGUUGAAUCUCUGCUUGAUAAAAUUUGCAACAAACUAUACAGCGUGGCCAAGAACCCCGGCCGUCCUGAAUUUAAUCACUACUUAUUUGAAACGCUUAGCGCGGCUAUUAAGUACACGUGUGAGUCAAACCCCUUGGUGGUGGCAGCCUUUGAAGAAAAGUUAUGGCCGACCUUUACAUGGAUCCUGGAGCAGGACGUGGAAGAGUUUAUUCCUUACAUUCUCCAACUGAUUGGGCAGCUUCUUGAUUUGAAUCAGUCAAUCCCCCAUCGUUAUUUAGAUAUGUUCCCGAUUUUUCUCCGUCCGGUUGUAUGGGAACGAAUAGGUAAUGUGCCUGCCCUCACGCGAAUUCUGCAAUCCUUUUUAUUAAAAAGUGGCCCAAUUAUUUGCGGCGAUGAAAACACUUUGUUAUUGGUCCUCGGCUCAUUUCAGAAGCUCAUUUCCAGCAAAGCGAAUGAUCAUUUAGGCUUUGAAAUUUUGAACACAUUAUUAUAUUCGGUGCCGCGCAAUCUCUACGAACAGCAAGUUUGCCCCAUAUUUCAUACAAUCUUCAAAAGAUUGAGCCUUGCGAAGACCACGAAGUUUUGCGGUUGCGUCCUUGUAUUUAUUUCGAUUUUAAUCUCGAAACUUUCUCCGGAUGAAGUCAUUGUUAUGAUUAAUGGCAUCCAAAGCGGGUUGUUUUCGAUGGUGCUAGACUCCUUGUUUCUUAAAGAACUGAAGUUUAUAAAAGCAAAAAGGGCGCGAAAGGCUUGCGCAGUUGGCAUUACACAUCUUCUUACUAAAAGUUUGGUGCUUAUCUCGGAUUAUGCUAACAAAUGGGACCCUUUGUUUUCUGAACUUCUUUCCUUGCUUGAAUGUCAAGCCGAAGACAUCCAAGAAGAUCUAGCGGACGCCAGUGUGGGUCAUUACCAAGUCAGUUUUGUGAAGUUAAUG